GCAUGGUCAUGGACACAAGCACCGUGCGGCUGGUCAUAUUCCUCGGCAUGUUCCUCAUGCUGGCGGGCGACUACACUUACCUGAUCACCGCGAUUUUCGGCCGGUCGGGCGGGCAAAACGUCACGGAGCCGAGCAAAAGUCCCGAGAGCCAAGGGAGGAGCAACGAUCCCGAGGGCAGGUUAGCCCUGUCCGUCACCAAGAAGAUGGACGAGAAGGAGAACGCAAUUUCACGGCGUGCAAGAAUGAUGACGACGAUCAAGACUGCUUGUUUGCCCAAGCUGAUAUGCGAACUGACCUCGUCCGUCAAUCAGGAUCAGCUAAGCGAAAUGGAAAGGUCCCUGUUAAAUUUAAUCAGGGACACGAGCUUGAGCACGUUGGCGGAAGUGCCCUCGAGGUACCACUUCGCCGCGCAUAUGGGUCAACUGAUAUCCGGCGUGGAAGGUCAAGGAUGCCAUAAUUUCUACCCCACCUGUCCGCUGCCUGGAUCCAGCGUUCUCAACAUGAUGAAGAAGAUUCGAUUGCGCUGACGCGACGGAAUCGCGUAGAAAUGAAAGAGAGAGAAAGAGAGAGAGAGAGAAAAAGAGAAAAGGAAAAAAAAAAUACGACGACUCAACCUGUGAUAUCGCAGACGAUUCCUCUUCUAAAUUUUCUGUAACCAAAAUCUCGAACGAGCGAUCGGAUGGAUUGUUCUGAAGGGAAAUUUUGAACGAAAAGAAUAUCCCUGAUAUUAUUUUAAGUUACAGUGAUAAUAUUUUGAAAUUAUCUUCAGCACGAUUAGAGAAACUCGCGCGUAGAUUAAGUAUAUUUAAGGAAUGAUUUUUAUCAAGUUAUCCAAUAGUAUUUCAAAUAUAUUCCAAUAAUCAUUGGAUUAUAUGGCGAUUUAUCGAUGUAACAUAGCUUUAGAUUAAGAAAAGUAUGUAAGAAGUGAUAAUCUAUAUUAGUAAUAAUUAAUCUUUGUGAAUCUCGUGUAUAAUCGAGAAGAAAGAAAAAAAAAAUCUGAUAAUAAUUAUUUAUUUCUUUCGCCGUUAAUAUUCUCGAUAACUUUCGAUUAUGUUUUAACGCAAUGUAUACAAAGUGUUAAGAUUAUGAAUUAUAUGUAUAAUGAAAUAUCGUA